CGCAACUUUAUGGACUGACCGCCAGCACAAUGUCAUUGCUAAAGCGUGUGCUUAGACUCUCUGGUCUAGGAGGCUUUGAAGAUGAGGAAACGGAGCAAGAAACUUCGAAUAGCAUUGUAACCGACGCUAGAGCUGCGGAGAGUCAGACAUUUCCGAAUGAUGGGGAAGAAGUAGACGAAAAAGAACCCGACGGAGCUGAAGUGUGGUCGGAAGACGAAGCGACACAGGACGUGGCUCCUCCGACGGUUUCUGUAACGGUCAAAGAGGCAGUUGAAAGAUUUGAAAGUCUGACAGGAAAAGGGCAGCUAACAACAGCUGCCCAACAUUUCGUCAGCCUUGCUGUCAAAAAGAGUCCAAAGCCAGGGUCGAUACAGAGUUCAGCUCAGGGUACGCAUUCCAAGAUUGUGUCCGUCGAAGCGGUGCCGUCAGGGGUAGAAACUUGGUCGCAGGAAGACGGGCUUGUCAAUAUCCUAGACGCUACAGCGUCUUCACCGUUGAAUUCAGAAGAAACUGUUACCCUUGCUGAUAGCUCCGGUGCGCUGCGUACAAAACAAACGAACCCAACAAGUUCGAUAUUAGGUAGGGCUACGGGAACAUCCUCGUCACCCCGCCGAAUAGCUGCUUCUCGAACGACAAGCGUUUUGGUUGAUAUCACACCAAAAACUUUACGAAGGCCAUUAAAACACCUCGCUCCCUCUGUACAAAGCGCGGAAAAUCCUAGUCUCCCUUCAUCGCCUUUAACGCUACCACAGUCGGAGCCGAUCACCGAACAGUCUGCUGAAGGUCGAAGACCGGAGGUUACUCCAUCAAAGAGAACAGGCGAUGCUUCAUCAACCGCGUCGCCGGUGAGCCCGCGGCAGCAAAGGCAGACAUCAGGACUGGGCGAAGGACGUUAUGCAGAAGGGGCUAAAUCAACGUAUCCGAACGGCAAACCCGGGGUGUACGAUAAGGUUGUCACGCGGCCUUACAAAAAAUGGCAACAUACGACACCGCUGCCAGACAAACGACGAUCGCUUCUCAGCAAGCAGUCGUCACCCGGAGGGAUGGUUAUGGUAGAAGGCAUUGACCUAACGCAAAGUCAGGGAGAUGAGCCCUUGCUUGGGGAGGUUGCUUUCAUAAACGACGGUAUGGACUCUUCACGUAACGUAUCAUUAAACCCCACCUCUCCUGUACUUGUCGCGGAGGAACCAGAAGAACAAUAUACGCUUGAGGAUUUUUUAUCGCCUGGACAAGACGAUUAUAGCGGUCCGGUAAUUGAGGACUUUGCCGUGGGCGCCAAAUAUCAGGUUUCUUACAAUCCACAAUGGUCUAAACGUCGACGCGAUGGCGGGACCGAGACAGAUCGAAUGAAGAAGAUACGGCAAGGUUGAGGAUAUAAACGGCGAAUAUUUCAUGAUUUGGAAACUCCGAUGUUUGCAUUAUUGUAGUAUAUUUUUUGCAGAUAUGCGUGCAUGUAGAUAUCUAAUUUCUCUGUCAACUUGGUCUUUGCGAGUAAAAGGCAGAAUCAAUAGCGAGAAUAUAUGUUCGGGCCAUUCUUUCCC